UUACUCAAAGAGCAUGUCGACGCACCGAACUUUGUUUACACAAACGCCGUGACGCUGAUUAAGAUAACAAGCGAUUCUCGCAUUUUCAGAGAAAACUUGUAAAAAUCUCCCAGUUUCAUUUCCUAAACCGAAUUGUCAAGAAAUUGUAUUCAUUAUGUUCUAGUGUUUGUUUCUUAGAAGUUUCUCCGAGAUAUAUCCUCGAUAUUCCUAGACUGCAAAUGUGAAAUAAUGACGAGGAUCAGACGUAACUAGUCACUAUGUCGUCUCAAGAAGACAUAAAUCCGGAGAGUUCGCUGGACACACCAUCGACGACAAACUCGAAGGAUUCGUUUUUCGAUCCCAAGCCUCAGCCGAAGAUCAUCAGAGUUUUGACGGUCAUGGCAUACGUCCUCAGCGUCUCUAUGGCUGCGAUUCUUCUCUCUAUUUAUUACAUUUUCAUGUGGGAUGGACGACCGCACCUUGGAGCGCGAGUCAGUGGUCCCGAGUUUGGUUUGGAUAACAUCAGUAUACCUGAAUUCCAACCUAAAUCCAGUACCACUCUGAUUUCAUUUCACUUUGGAAAAACAAACCAGUCGCUACCAACAUUGGGAAAACUAUCAGCAGAAUCUUUUGAAAAAGACACAAAUCAUACACGUGCCAGCUUGUUAUAUUUAACAACUUUAGAAGAAAAUUCCACAUUGGAUCAUAGAAGUAGUACAGAGAUGCAGCAACAGUUCAUAGCAGUAGAAUCUGAGCAGCUGAGAGCCUACACGACAGAUUCACCAACAUACGAUGAGAACACCACUGAAUCCAUUGACUACGAUGGCAUGGAAGAUCUAGGAAAAACUAGCCCAUUUAUUAAAAAGUUGAUGGGCAAUUAUGAAGCAGACUACUAGUUGAAAUUAUAGUAAAUUUUGGAUUAGGUGUUAGAGGUUGAAAUAAAAAUACCUUGGAUAUGUU